UGUAAAAUACUUGAGCAAACUACUUGCACAUUGUUUGAAAACGCACACUCUCACUAAAUACAGAUUAUUUAAGUUGUUUAAAUAUAGCUAAACUUUGGAGUCAUCCAUCCAUUCUUCACAUUUUUUUUUUUCUAUGGUUAGUUAUUUAAUUUAAUAUGCCUAUAAUUGUCAUGUCGUGUUUCUGUUUCCCCUGUGACCUAGUUUUCUGUCUGUCAGUUAAUUAUGUAAUUAGUUUCCACCUGUGUCUAUCGUCACCCUCAUUAGUUCCUUUGUUUGAGUUGUGUAUAUAUAUCCUGUGUCUUCUUCCACUCCUUGUCCGUUCUCGUUUAUAUAAGAUGUGUCUCCUGUGUAUCUGUGAUUAAACUCUACUCCUUACCCUUUUCCGUCGUCAUUGUGCCUUUGAUCCACACACCUGUAACAAUAAUAUCAUUUAAACAUUAUUCAAGAGAAAGAUUGUAUGUUGUUUUCAUGUUGAUGUGUCAGCACUGAUGUAACCAUGGUCUACACAAACCAACUCUCUUCUAUAUCCUCUACUUACUUUGUCUAAACACAGGUUCCCUCGGCCAGUUAGAUGGUAAGUUGUCAUAUCUUGUUUCACACAGAAUGUUUCUUCUAUGUCAGUGAGGAAUGUUAACAAGGAAACCUCAUAUCUUCUUUCUCUCAUCUUCAGUUUGUGGUCGAGCCCCUCUCAGCGACAGGAUUGUUGGAGGAGAGAAUGUGACAGCAGGGUCUUGGCCGUGGCAAGUCAGCAUUCAUGUCAUCGGCUUUGGCCAUAACUGUGGCGGGACUCUGAUCACCAAAGACUGGGUUUUAUCUGCAGCUCACUGCUUUGAGAACAUUGAUGUGUCUAAGGUUGUGAUGUACUUCGGGCGUCUGAGACAAUUCGGCUCAAACCCUAACGAGACAUCCAGGACAGCGAGUCGAAUCAUUAGUCAUCCUAACUAUAACAGUAAGACUAUUGACAACGACAUAGCACUGGUCCAGCUCAACUCUUCUGUGAAUUUCACUGAUUACAUUAAGCCGGUCUGUCUGGCGGCGGCUGGUAGUGUAUUUGAUGCAGGUACAGAGAGCUGGGCCACUGGAUGGGGCAAGCUACAACCUGAAGACACCCAGCUUGCUAAUACACUGCAGCAGGUGAUGAUGCCAAUUGUGAGCAACAGUGACUGUAAUAGGGCUUAUUUCAGGGUCAACAGAAUCACAAGCAAUAUGAUUUGUGCUGGAUUUUUAAAUCGGGAAGAGAAAAGUAUAUGUCCGAAACCAUCUUUAUGA